AUCUCCAGAGGAACAAGAAAAGCUUAGGAUUGAAAGGGAAAGGACGAGCUUGUAUUAUGGAUGCUUCAAUGCUUCUACUCUCUCAGCUCCAAAACCCAUCGAUCAGGAUAUGCUUUCUAUUGAAGAUUAUUUGGCUUUAAAAGGAGCAAAGAUGGUUUGCAUAGUGAGUAUCGGACAAAAAAAAUGUGCUAAAUUAACUCGAGAAGGAGUUCAUGUGAUGAGGGGGUUAGUUGCUGCCAUUGAGAAUGAGGUGGUUCAGGCGAAUAUAAGAGAAGUUAUCCGAUUGGAUGAUGUUGAGGUCAAUGAUAUGAGAGUUGACUGGAAGGAGAAUGACGAGAUUCUAAUAGUCAAUGCCACUGAUUCGCAGUGUGACAACCUCCUACGAUCCUUUAUAGACCUCAGGCAUCAUCUAUGUGGGUCUAAACUAGGGCUCGUUCCAGAUGACCUCAAGCAUCUCUUGAGGUAUAUGAGCAAAGUGGGUCGUGUAAGGGAAAGCCAUGAAUUUAUCAUGCAUCACCCUGCACUAUGGAACGAGAUAUUCGUUGAAAAGAUGGUGUUAAGUCUAGAUAUUAACAAUUCAGUUUCGGUGCCUAAACAAUUCACAAAAUCAUUUUCUUGGAAAACAGAGUUUGAGAAUUUGGUUAUCAAAAACCCCGCACUCAAUCAAAAUGGCUUUUAUUUAGCCAUAAAAAAAAUUUGGGCUAACACUACUCAUGGCUUUAAAUGUAGCGAUGAUAUAGGAGGUUUUUUACACUUUAUGAGGAACAUUUUUACUCAUAUUUAUGAUCAACUAACUGGAAAUAUAAAGUAUCUCGCUAAAUCCCAUCAAGCCAGUGCAAUUUGGGAGUUCAUGCAUGCAUUUAAACCGGACUUUUUGUGCAUUCUCUACUCAAGCAUCUUCUACGAUCCCAACUUUCGACGAUAUUUCACUCCAUUGAUGUGAGGAAUGAGCAUUUUUGGUGGGGAGAUCAUCUCAAGAUGUGAUUUAGGGAAGGCUGCUUUUGUGACAUAAUCUAUGACGCAGUUUGAUUUAGGACCUGGUUUGUUGUAACAAGAGAAACAAGACGUUUUAACUAUAACAGUAUGUUGUUAUUAAGGCUAAUUAGGCUAUGCAACUUUAAAGCAUGCCUUUAACUAUGCUUGGUGUCUUUAAGGUUCUGCACACCUUUAAAAGCAUUUCCAGUGCUGGCUUUUUGGGUUUUUUAUAUUUAUAUCAAAUCUAACGCUGAUUUUGUUCAAUCCUUUCCAAAUUGGCUCCACAAAAUUUGCCCAGGAUUCAUUUCACUAUCGUCAAUAAUGGAGAUUUGAUGAUUCAACCAUGUAUCUAUUAUCCGAUAUUAUCCGAGUGUGAUAACCAUCUCUCUCCAAUUCUCGAUUCACAAAAAGUGUUCAUUGAUAACAUCGCUGAUGGAUAAUACGGAGUACUGUAAUUUGUAAUUAGGUUUGCUGCACCAUCAAAAGUAUGUGUGCCUAUAUCAAAGUUGGGAACAAACAAGUCCAGUAAGCAUUUCAAAUAUGCAGAAGAAAUUGAGGAAGAAGAAGCAAGGAGGCAAAACAUUAGUGUAGAAUGUAGAAUUGAAUAGGUUUUCAUGUAUGUCAAUAGCAAUUGUCCUUCAUGUAAUUUUAGAGAUUUAUUUAUUAUGUACUGAAUCCGUUUUAAUAUCAAUU